AUGACAGACACCGCACCGCUGUCAGGCGGCUCCCUCCUCCUCGCAUGGCAGCUCAAAGACAAGAACGUCCUCAUCGUCGGCGGGGGCGACGUCGCCUCCGGGCGCAUUGAAUCCGUGCUCGUCGCCGACGCCCAUGUCACACUCAUCUCGCCGUCCGCCGGGCUGCACCCGCUCACGAAGCGCUUCAUAGAACGCUACCCGGAGCGCAUCACCUACCACGACCGCACGUUCGGCGGGGUGGCGGACCUCGAGAGGGCGGACAUGGUCCUCACGGCCAUCGACGACGUCGAGAAGUCGCGCGAGAUAUGUGCCCUGGCGCGCGCACGCCGGAUCCCCAUUAACGUCGCGGACAUCCCGCCCUCGUGCGACUUCUACUUCGGGUCGCAGAUCCGCAGCGGGCCCCUGCAGGUUAUGAUCUCCACGAACGGGCAGAGCCCGAAGCUCGCGAACAUCAUCCGCAAGCAGAUCGAGCAGAGCCUGCCGGAGAACGCGGGCGAGGCGGUGGAGAAGGUCGGGGUGCUGAGGAGCAAGCUGCGCGAGCGGGCGCCGGGGGUGGGCGGGGAGCUGGGCAAGCGGCGGAUGCGCUGGAUGAUUGACGUGUGCACGAACUGGGAGAUGGAGGACCUCGCGCUGCUGGACGAGGAUAUGAUGGCGAAGCUGCUGGACGACGGGUGGGAGAAGAACCAGGUGCCCGGGCUGGAGGAAGUCGGUGGCUCGAAGCGGCGGCCCUCUGCGUCGACGCACAAAACGGCCAGUGUCUGGCUGCUCUCAGCCGCGGCCUUCUCUGCUGGUGCUGCAUGCACUGUCGCUGUGCUCCUCGCCCGCCGCCAUUGA